CUGGGGCUGGGAAGGCAGGACCUGUUAGGGGUAGAGGCCUUGGUAUUACUGGGGCUGGAGGAAGGGUGGAGAGCAGGGCCUAUUGGGGUGGGAAGGGUGAAGUGGAGGCGAUUUGGUUGGAAGGUGAAAGGGGGUGUUCGCAGGAUCAUGAGAGCUAUAAUUUACAGCCAUUGAAAGUGCUGUUGCUAUUGCCCCACCUUCCUUGCUGCUCUAGCCUCACCCCAAAGACAGUAGUGCUGAUCUGGUUGCUCAGUCCCACUACUUUUGUGUUCAUUUCCUUUAAUGACACAGGGUGAUCAUCCCUUAAGUAGGAAUGUAAAUAACCGUUUAAAUAGUUACAUUAUUAAAAUGUUGGCUAGGACCUGCCGGCCCCCCUUAGGUGCAGCCUUGCCUGAUGCCCCCAUGUGGCUGGCUGGACUCAGACAGGGUUGCUCCACUGUUGGGAGGUUGGCUGUCCAACCAGUUACUCUAUGAGCAUUAAGCUUUCUGGAAUGCUUACAGAUUAACUCUUCAAUCUUGUACAUCCUGACUCUCAAAGGAUGGGGAGUGAUCACAUGGAAAGGGCUAUGCUCUGUUGAGAGGUUUUUAGGGUGAGACGUGGGUUUCCUUCAUUUUCCUCUCAGCAAGAAAUUACCUACCAGUACGUAGUGCUAAAGGCCAGAUGUUCAAAUACGCUCAUUUAGGGACCAAAGUAAAUGCUGCAUUCUCCACUGCCUUGUGCUCUGUUUAAUGUCUUAUGCAUAUUCAGAGUGCGUGUAAAAUUGUGCUGUUUUGUUUUUAGUAGAGUUUUUACAACUGUUUUGCACUGGGAUAAAUGAUUACAAAGGUACAAAGCAGUGAAGAAUAAAGAAAAUUGAUUUACAGUUCUAUCACAUAGGGUUGCUUUGAAAGCUGUAAACAUUGAAACUGCAUUGAAAUAUAAUGACUUGGAGGGGUUUCUGGAUGGAUGAAAUGUGGGUAAAAAUGGUGGCAUUGCCGGAGGUAUUGAAAUCUGUAUCACCUUUCCCACAGAAUAUGUAAAAACACAGUUGCAAUUGGAUGAAAGAGCAAAUCCCCCUCGAUAUAAAAGCAUUGGUCACUGUGUGAGGCUAACCAUUCAGGAUCAUGGUGUCAAGGGUCUGUACAGGGGCCUAAGUUCUUUGUUGUAUGGCUCUAUUCCAAAAUCUGCUGUCAGCUGGUGCUUUACUGAACUUUACCAUUUGGAAAUGCUACUGUUAUGAUAGCAGUAGCACACAGUUUCCUUUUGACUUGUUUGUCAUAGUUAUUACUUCAGUAAUAUCAAGGGAAACACACCAAAUCACACAGGGUUUGGAAUGUUUGAGUUUCUCAGCAAUUACGCAAAGGAUUCACGUGGGAAACUAGACAACAAAAGGAGUUUACUCUGUGGCCUUGGAGCUGGUGUUGCAGAAGCUGUCGUAGUAGUCUGUCCAAUGGAAACUAUAAAAGUGAAGUUCAUUCAUGAUCAGUCCUCUUUAAAUCCAAAGUACAAAGGAUUUUUCCAUGGUGUCAGAGAGAUUGUUCGGGAACAAGGUUUACGUGGAACAUAUCAGGGCCUGACAGCUACUGUCCUCAAACAAGGAUCAAACCAGGCUAUCCGUUUCUUUGUGAUGACUUCCCUUCGAAAUUGGUAUCUAGGUGAUUCCCACAGAAAGAUGAAUCCGUUUAUUACAGCGGCAUUUGGUGCUACUGCAGGUGCGGCCAGUGUCUUUGGCAAUACUCCGUUAGAUGUAAUCAAAACCAGGAUGCAGGGUCUGGAAGCCCAUAAAUAUAAAAAUACACUAGAUUGUGCCUAUCAGAUCCUCAAAAAUGAGGGCCCAUUAGCAUUUUACAAAGGAACAAUUCCCCGGCUUGGCAGAGUGUGUAUGGAUGUAGCAAUUGUGUUUGUUAUUUAUGAUGAAGUGGUCAAAAUUCUCAACAAGGUCUGGAAAACAGACUGACAGCUGGUUGUAUAAAGCUGACGAGGACUAUUUGCAUAACUGGCUAGCUUAGAUCCACAUUCAUUGGACUAAUCUGAAUUUAUUACAUAUGGUUUAUUAUCAGAGAUAUUUGAAAUGCAAAAACUCCGUCCCCAUUCUUUAAAGUGACAAAACCUGGCAAUAUAUUAAAGUUUGUAAGUCGUAUGGUGUAGAGAAAAGAUUAGAAGGGAAAAAUUACUAACUGCAUACCUUUUUGGUUCUGAACACAGCUGAAAUUGAUUCUUGAUAGGCAGAAGACCAAUUUUAAAAUAAAAACACUUGGCUCGAUUCUGCAGUUUACAUGAAUAUAUCCCUAGAUUAAUUUUAUUGAUCAUUAAAUUCCAAAAAGGCCAUGUCUAAACACAAAGUUGUAUCAAACUACUAGAAGUGUUCUGUUUUGUUUUUAAUUAAUUUUUAAGUUGUUAACCCAUGUAUGGACACUCCUAAUUAAAGCCUGGCUUAGCAAGAUAAAUUUACCCUGACUUAGGAUGAACGACAUAAAACUAUUUUAAGUCUAAUUUAAAAGUGCACUGGUUCCAGAAGAGAUUUGGGUAAUCUGAUUCUUAAACUUUGCCAGUUGUGUGUAUGGAUAAGGCUUGAAUGCCUUCUGUAGAGUUAUUGUUUGUUUACAUUGGCAUAAUUGAGAGCAGAAUCUGUUACAUUGUUCUUGAAAGAGCCAAUAUACUGAAAAAUUGAAAAAAGGAGCACAGGUCUCAUGCUGGCUGAUAGCAACUGUGUAAAUAGAUUUUAUUUAUUUAUUUAUUUAUUUUAUUAAUUUCUGAGUUUGAUUUCUGGGCCAGGAGGAAGCCUUUUAUGCUUCUGCUGUGGAGAAUAUGCUGAACCCGCUUUCUGAUCUGAGAUACUAGAAGUAGCGGGGAAUGCUUGGAACCACAUCAGGGUAUGUAAAGGCCCAGUCCUGCUAUAUUUAUAUAUUUCAGAGAGUUCUACUCGAAUAAGGACUGUAGGUCUAGCCUUAUUCUGAAAUUGCACAGUAAAGUUUCUGAAACAGCUGCAUGGUUUCAUGCUCGAUCAGUAUUUUAGGUAACCUAGGCCAUUGCAGUCUUACUGGAGACCUGGUCACAAGUUUCACUAGCCCCUGCUUGCAGUUUUAGUGAUGUCCCUCAAGAAAAUUGUUCCUACAUUUUGUUUGGAGUAGGAAUUUGGGGAGUUGCAUUUGCUGCAUUUUCAAGGGUUAGAUAAUGCCCUAAAACUAUUUUACAGUCUUUGUUUUUAUGAAUGGAUAAAUAUGUUGAUUCUUAAUACGUGCUUUAAUAAUCAAACUGGAACACUUUGGCAUGGCAGAUGAGUUUUUGUCCAUGAAAGAGAGAAUAAACAUCAUAUGUUACAACACUUGCUCUGCAAAAAUAUUCCCCGUUGACCUCUUUAUUUUGGUGGUACUUUAAUCAUUAAGGCAUUUGAAGAAACUUCAUUUAAUUUUGUGCAUGGAUGGGAUGGGGGCAGAGAAAAUAGUGUAAGAGAGCUAUGUGUAAAUUUGGAAUUCCUUCAAGGGUGUUAUGUCAGUGAAUCUAAAGAUAAUUUGUGCCAGACGUUCAUACAAUUGAUUAAAAAGACAAGCAUUUUUUUAAAAAGUUGAUGAAAGGACCAAAUCAAUGUAGAUAAAAUAUCUUCCAUACUGUAUCCUAUAGCUUAGAUUUGGUGUGAUAUUUAGACUUUGGCAAGCCAGAAAAGGUCAAUCUGGAGCUAAGCUCGCUGCAAUUUAGGCAAAGGAUCAUGUCUCCUAUUGGUAUCUGAAUGUCCCUUCCUCUUGUGGUUCUUGCCACUAGCAUUUGGUUGGAUUGUCACCAAAUACAAGAAAUGGUCAUGUUGCAUCACUUAAAGUUGGAAACUUUAGUUCUAGGAGCUUCCUUUAUCGUGUGGGAAACUUAUGCCAAUCCACUCUGUUGUCUGCAGCAAGUAUUGGCCAACAAAGUAGGACACAUUACUUUAUGAAACAAUCAUUUAUGUCCUAUAGUAAAGUAUUUCUAUAACUUACAAAUUACAGAUAAUUUGUGGCUGGGAUUUGAUGAAUACAAAGUAAAUGCGAUAAAAGUGGUCAAAUUUUCAGAAUUUUAAGACAAGUGCUAAAGCAGGAUGCAUUACUUCAUAGCUGCUAUAACAUGGCUCCUUUAUAUAGUCAGAAUGGGCAGGGCUUCCACCUUCAUCAUUUAAUAGGUUGUCAAAUUGAUUAUAACCCUUUUUACUGUCUCAAUAAGCACCAAUGCUGUCCCCAUGCACUAUAUACUCUGAAAUAUCGACAUUGACCAAAAUUUGACUAAAAUAACUCUGUAGCUGCCCAGAAUUCUUCAUCCUCCAGUGACCUAUCAGUGUUAACUCCCUUGGUGUCCCUUUGAUGUAGUCAUCUUGGCUAACUGUUCUGUUUCUACAACUCUACCUUUAACAUUAUAUGGUCUGUCACGUAUAGCUGCAUCAACCACUUAAGCUCUGGUAUUGAUAACCAGUUCAAAGCCUUUGUAAACGUUGUACAAGUUCCUAAUGGCCACAGAGCCCAAGUGUGAUUCAAUGGCCAUUUAGUUUCAGAGCUCAGCUAAGAGCCUAAGAUGGAAAAACUACAGUGACUUCAGUAGUUACAGCAGUGGCUAUGUGAAGGAACUAGGCACUGGCCUAUCAAAUAGCAAUAAGACUAAAUUUUAGCACAUUAAAUUUAAAUAGGAGAGGAGAGUUGAAGAGACAGGAAAGCAUAAAAUCUGGUCAUGAUGUUUAAAUGUUGAGCACAUAGUAUUUCUAAAAUUCAAACAUUCUAUGUGGGUUUGGGGAUUAGUGUAUUUAGCUUUGUUCAUUUAGCUAGACUAGCUAAUAGCUCAUUAGCCAUCUCUUUUGUAAUCCUGAAGCUGUUUGACAAAUAAAAACACUUCAUUUUCAGUUGUGGUAAAAUCAGCAAUUUCAGAAUCAAAUCUUGCACAAUUACCAAUUUAGCAAGUAAAAGUACUGUACAUGGUUACUCUUCCUGGUACAGUAUCUAGUAUUGGUUUGGUCAGUAGUACAUGGAAUUGCCAGUUGUUCUGCUCAGUCAUACAUGGAAUUACUAGAAGCUCUCUAGGGCUGUCUAUACUAUACUUUAUUUUGAGAUUACUAGUGGUAUUUCAGAAUAACAAUGUCCGAGUCUACACAGCAAUUCUGUUAUUUUUAAAUGAAUUCAGAAUAACAGAUACCUUAUUCUGACU